AACAUUGCCAAUUUAGCAAGUGAGGAAAAUGUCUUAUAAAUAUAUUCUACACGUAGCGCUUUUGGUUCUUACUUGUCUCGAAGCAGUACGUGGACAAGCCAGAAUUGUUGGUGGUACAACAACGCCAAUAGCUGAAAAUCCUUUUGUCGUAAAUAUACGUGAUAAUGAUGGAAAUUUGGUAUGUGGGGGUACUUUAGUUAACCCACGUUUUGUUGUUUCUGCCGCAAGUUGUAUUAGACCAUAUAAAGCUAAUCAAUUAACAGUACAAGGUGGUGCUCAAUUAUUCUCAGAGGAAGGUGUCAGGCGUAGCAUCAAUCGUAUCAUAUAUCCUGCAAACUUUGAUAAUGUAACCUUGGACUAUGAUGCUGUUAUGUUAAGAUUGGUAACUGAAAUGACUGGUACCAAUAUUGGGACUAUAGAUUUACAUACAACUGGAGUUCCCAUCGGUGCUACCUUGAAAGUCUUAGGAUGGGGAGAAUUAACUGAGAGUGGCCAAAACUCAGAUUCUUUACAAUCUGUGCUUGUUGUUGCAAUUCCAAAAAACGAUUGCUUGCAGUCAUAUGAGUUAACCCCGACCAUGUUUUGUGCUAAGGCCCCAGGUGCUGAUGCCUGUGAAGGUGAUGGUGGUGGUCCAGCUGUAUUGAAUAAUAAACUUGCUGGUAUUAUUUCAUGGGGAUUCGGUUGUGCUCGUCCUGAUUAUCCUGGAGUAUAUACAAGUAUUGCUAGGCUUGCACCUUUCAUUAAUCAAGCUAUAGCGAAUAAUUCAUAAUUUUUUAUUACUUUA